UCCGGUAGUAUUUAAGAACCGUUCCAUUUCCGGUAACCCGGGAAGCAAUUUGAAGAUGGCGUCCUCCUCACUGAACGGGCCGGACAGGGCGGCUGGGAAAAGUGAGUCUCGGAGGCAGAAUGCGAAGCCGGAGGACCGAGAUGAAUCCGAACUCCUCACUGUUCCUGACGGUUGGAAGGAACCCGCUUUUUCCAGAGAGGACAAUCCCAGAGGACUCCUAGAGGAGAGCAGUUUUGCAACUUUGUUCCCAAAAUAUAGAGAGGCUUACUUGAAAGAUUGCUGGCCGUUGGUUCAGAAAGCCUUGAAUGAACAUCACAUUAAUGCAACCCUGGACCUGAUCGAGGGCAGCAUGACUGUUUGUACAACAAAGAAGACCUUUGAUCCAUAUAUCAUCAUUAGGGCCAGAGACCUCAUAAAACUAUUAGCAAGGAGUGUCUCAUUUGAACAGGCAGUACGAAUUCUUCAGGAUGAUGUCGCAUGUGACAUCAUUAAAAUAGGUUCUUUAGUAAGAAAUAAAGAUAGAUUUGUUAAAAGAAGACAACGGCUCAUCGGUCCCAAAGGGUCUACAUUGAAGGCGUUGGAACUCUUAACAAACUGUUACAUUAUGGUUCAGGGAAACACAGUUUCAGCCAUUGGACCUUUUAGUGGCUUAAAAGAGGUUCGAAAAGUAGUCCUAGAUACAAUGAAGAAUAUUCAUCCAAUCUAUAACAUUAAAACCUUAAUGAUUAAACGAGAGUUGGCAAAAGAUUCUGAAUUAAGAUCACAAAGUUGGGAAAGAUUUUUGCCACAGUUCAAGCACAAAAAUGUGAAUAAGCGCAAGGAACCGAAGAAAAAAACUGUUAAGAAAGAGUAUACACCAUUCCCACCACCACAGCCAGAAAGUCAGAUUGAUAAAGAAUUGGCUAGUGGUGAAUACUUUCUGAAGGCAAGUCAGAAGAAGCGACAGAAAAUGGAAGCAGUGAAGGCUAAACAAGCAGAAGCGCUCAGUAAGAGGCAAGAGGAAAGAAAGAAAGCUUUUAUUCCACCUAAAGAGAAACCAGUUGUGAAACCGAAGGAAGCUUCUACUGAAACUAAAAUUGAUGUGGCUGCCAUCAAGGAAAAAGUUAAGAAAGCAAAGAAUAAGAAGCUGGGAGCUCUUACAGCUGAAGAAGUUAAGCUUAAAAUGGAAGCAGAUGAAAAGAAAAAGAAGAAAAAGUAACAUACAGAAAAAAAACUGAACUAAAACUUAAUAAGCUUUCUCCUUUUGUAAAGGAUUUUGAGAUACUAGGGCAUUAGUUGCCUUAUCUGAUGAGUAUACUCUGAUGAUUUUUUUUCUGAGUUUAUUUUUUAGAAAAG